AUGAUCAUUUGGCGUCCGUUGGUACGUUGCGGUUACCACGGGUUCGCGUGUCGUCUCGAGAAGCUCCAGCGUCCGCUUGAGUGCGUGCUGCAAAACGAAGGGCGUGGCGGCUGCUUUAAAAGAUUGAGGACUCGUUCGCAACCGCAGGUGACUCGAGCAACCAUGGCGCCAGCGCUUGAGCAGUGCCCAGUUCAGACGCCGUCGAGUCGCACACAACCUGCUCCUGCGCUACCAGAGAAUGACGCCACGGUGCUGCGUACACAGACACCACAGACGAUAACGGUGACGACGACGACGACGACGACGAGGAUACCGAGCGCAACUCCUCCGCCGGCGGUGUCGUUCUAUCGUCGCCCGCUUCCGGCAACGUGCAUCGCGCUGGACUCUGCUGAGGGUCGAGCUUUGUUCGAGCGCAGCCUUUUUUCGGGCCUAGCAGAGCCUUUCCUGCCCUUGGUAUCCCAGUUUACUACGCAAAGCGAGCCGGCCUUUUGCGGUUUAGGCUCGCUCGCAAUGGUGCUCAACGCGCUCCAGGUCGAUCCCGGACGUCCGUGGAAAGGCCCCUGGCGCUGGUUUUCUGAGGAGCUCCUCGAUUGCUGUCUGCCUCUGCAUAUCGUCGCUCGCGAGGGCAUCACCCUGGACGAGUUCCGCUGCCUGGGUCAAUGCAAUGGUGCCCUCGUGGAGACAGCACAGCCACCAGCACCUGGUGUGGCACCGUCCCAGCAUUUAUCGCUCGAGCGUUUCCGUGAGUCUCUCCAACGAAUGUGCAGUGAUCGGGACCCCCGAAACGGUAGCGGGUUCCUGGUGCUUUGCUACGCCCGCGAGGCCCUGCAGCAAACAGGCACCGGGCAUUUUUCCCCGAUUGCUGCAUACGACGAGGUGUCGGAUCGUGCCCUGAUCCUUGAUGUGGCGCGCUUCAAGUACCCACCACACUGGGUGGCACUCCCGGACCUGUAUCGAGCGAUGAGCGUCCUCGAUCCGGCAACAGGGAUGCCCCGGGGUCUCGCUAUGGUGCGUCGUCGGCCGGUCGUUGAGGCGUCGGGCACCUCAAACCGCACACCGGUGCCGUCGGAGGAUGCCUCCGCGAGCACGGUACGCCCGUGUGCGUGGCGUCCGCGUCUUCUCCACAUGAAACGUCUGUCGACGCAGCAGGAAACCGCUAGAGCGCUAACUGAGGUACAAAUCACGAUUCGAGGCCUGAUGCGGGGAUAUGCAAUCGCAAUGGACGAGAAGCAGCUCGCCGAGUUCAUGGAAACGCUCAUUCAAAUCUGGACGCUGCAUCUCUCUCGUCAUCUGGCGGUAACCCCGUUGCGGAUUCAAGAUGCAAACACGAGCUGUGAGUGCUCUAGCUCUAGACGUUUGCUUUUAGACGCGCUUCAGAAGAGUCCGCUGUUGAGAGCGUAUCGGCAGCUGGGGAUUGGAAAGGUAUCGGCUGACGACGUGGAUCCGGCGCUCUGCGCAGCCGCCGAGGCGGUGAUGAUGGUUGGCCUGCUCGAGUACGCAGCGCGAAUAGCGGCGACUUGCGGCUCGGACCCGGCGCAUGAUGGCUUCCAGGCCCUGAUCAAGCGGCUCCUUGGUGAUGACGAACGCGCUCGCGAUGAAACCCGACGCAUCGCUGACGUUCUAGCGGGCUUUGUGGAUGCCGCACAGCAAGCGGAAGCACCAGCAACAGGAGCAAACAAGUAG